GGUGAGGAGGAACAUCGGACAGUCAAGACGGACUACAAUAGGACGAACAAGAACAAUGCCACAGGUCAGAUAGCAAGACGGCAGCAUCAUAAGAUGGCAUUGCACCGAAUCCAGCGAAGUGACGAUAGACUAUCCCAUGAGAAGAAGAAAAAACUACUGCGAGCCAAGAAGAAGGUCAACUGCGAUAAGGAAUGGAAUUCCUCAGAUUCGAGGAACAAAGGAAGUUCGCUAGGCACCGCUGUGCUACGUGGAGCAACACUCGAUUUUGCAGUUGACGAGCCACUUCCUUUUACAUCUCCUGAAGCACACUUUCACAUUUCCGACUCACAGAGGUAUUCCGAAGAUAUUACCUCAUGGCUUCAAUCAAACAGAAACGACCCUGCCUGCGCAGUAAGCAUUUCAUCUGUCAUGGGUUCUAAAUGCUGA